AAACUCGCUAAUCAUUCAUUCCGGUGGUAAUUGCCGGACGAGCAUCACGCCCACAACCCGCGAGAUCGGAGAAAGUGAAAAACUGUGCAGAAUGUUGAAAUUAGUAUUGUGUCUUUCGGCGUUGGGCCUGGUGGCCUGUUACGACUUCAAGGAUUCGUUCUACAAUGAACUGGUCCUGGAGGAGAUUUUGGACAGCGAGGAUGCCCCAUCGUUGAUGGAUCGUUUUAAGCGAUCCAACCCGGAGAUGAUGGACGACAAGUGCAAACGUAAUCACCGACACAAGUGCUGUAACGAUGCCAACGGUGAAAACAUGGACAAGUUCCGUGAAACGAAGAAACAGUGCUUCAACGAGGUCCGCUCCAAGGAUCGUUCUGCCCGUGGCAUGAUGAACCCAGUGGACAUGUUCGACUGUGAAAAGAUGAACAAAACCAAGCAGGAGUACAUCUGUGCCGUGGAGUGUGUAGGCCGCAAGUUCGACAUUAUCGACAAGGACGGAAACCUCCUGACCACGGACAAACUGGUUAAGUUCACCAAGGACAACUUCGCUGCCGAUCCGUGGCAGGAAACCGUCGUCGAUGGACUGGUUGAAUCCUGUUUGAAGGAAGUUGCCGAGAAGAACGAGAAGAUGAAGUCAUCCGGCGAACACACGACCUGCAAUCCAUCUUCGUCGAACUUCGGGUACUGUAUGUGGCGUCAGAUGACUUUGGCCUGCCCCAAGGACAAGCAGGAUACGUCCAAGAAGUGCGAGAGGAUGCGCGAAAAGUUUGCCAAUAACGAAUCGUUCUCGAUGUACCACAAGCACGAUUUCGACGACAAGUAAACGUGGAUACGAUUGGAUUAAUGGGUAUUAUAUUGUAUGCGUAGAAACAAUUUGAAACGGAAAACAAAGUGGAUUGAGUGAA